CCGUGUCCAAGUGAUUCAGAAGUACCGAAAAUGGCUAGCUCGUGGAAAGUCGUGGUGAAUUGGCUCCUUCCCCCGCCCCUCAUCCUCACGAUUUUGCUCAUGCUGCCGGUGCCACAGGUCGUGAGGAAGGGCCUGCUGGCAUUCACACGGCAGUUCCUGUUCAUGAAGCUCGCGGGCCAGGUUCUGCUGGUUCAUGUGGCGCUGGUGAUCACGGGCGCAGCCUUUACAGCGAGCAGCAUGCACACCUACCACAUCUCUCGGACGCCGCUCCCGGACACUCUCACGCCCAACCAGAGGACGGCUAUCCUCGCCAAGCGGUGGCGCGAGGAGCGGAACUUCUGGAUUGCGACGCUCACCUUCCUUCUUUGGGGAUUGCUGUACCGGUUCUACGCACUGGCUAUCGACCACGUGGCUCUGCGGGACCGCGUCCGGCAGCUGGAACUGGCAGCUGUGGGCGCGACGCGCGGCAGCACAGUAACAGGCAGCCGGGCGCCUGCCAGCAGCACGGCCGGCAAGGGCGCGGCAGUGGAGGCUUCAGCGCCUCCAGCGCCUGCAGAGAUGCUGUCCGGAGGCAAGGAGGAGAAGAAGAGCAAGUAAUGGAAGUAAUGGACUGCACUGCUAGUGGAAGGAAAGCGCAAUGUACACGAGGAUUAUGGGGUGUGUCCUGGUGAGAACAUUGUGAAGUUGUUGGUUGGUUGCCUGCCUUGAAGCAGCACGACAUCAAGCCGUGUAGAAAAGCCUGCGCAACGACGGUUUCCAGGAGUUCUACGGGCUGGAGGAGUUCCACCCUCGUGCGCCAACAGGCUCGCGUCAUCCGGUACCGGAUGCCAGCCAGUAGGUUUGGCAAUAUGCUGGCAUAGAUUGAAGUCAUGUUGGCUACAAUUCACUUGCUGUUGAAUUGCCCUUGACCAGUUAAUCGGUGGCUGGCAGGGCGUUGGUUGGAAAGGGAGACGAAGAGCAGGGGAGACGAAAGGUUGGGCCGGCCAUGGCCACGCAUGUGCUGUUUAACCCACAUCUAG